AUGUCGUUCAUUUGCCCGCCAAAAAGAAAAUUGAAAGAAGAUUCGGAUACUCUCAUCUCCGAUCAAGACCACUACUUCCGACAACGGAACUACUCUUCCUUAGACUCUGACCUUCUCUGUCUCCGUAGGCAGAUAUUCGAAGCGGUUUAUCGGAAAACCGAUUUGAUUAGAGCGAAUUACGAAUUGUCUCACACGAGAGAUGAGCUUAGGCGAAGAAAUCGGGAGCUCGAAGCUAGAAUCUCGGAAGCGGCCAUGAUUAGAGAGGAAAUGAAGCGAGACCUGGAAGUUUCUAGAGAAAGAGUUUGUGAAUUGGAAGGAGAGACGAAGGAUAAAUCAAGACUUCUUUCGAAAACUGCAGAAUCCUUACGAUCAUCGAUCCGAUGUUUAAACAAAGAGAACGAUCUAGAAACAGGGGAAUAUAAUUCCAAGUCAAUUUUGGAGUUAGUGAAGGAGGUUGAAACGAAGGUAGAGACGUUCAUGGAAUCGAUGGAGAAGAAGAAGAUUGAGCUAAGUAGAAAUGUGGAGUUCUUGGAAGAGGAGAAUAGAGACAUCAAUGUCUUGUUAAGAGCUGCUUUGUCUGAGAAACAAACCGCAGAGAAACAAUUGGUAAAAGAGACAAAUGAGCAAAAGAGAUCGGCGUUGCUACAAAUCGCAGAACGAGGGUUGCAGAGUAUUGGGUUUGGUUUUGGGUUUAAGGAAAGCUCAGAAACUAGUAAUCUCGCCAAGGAAGAAGAAGAAGAGAAUGGUUUGGUUGUAGCAAUAGAGAAGACAAUGAAGAGUCUACGGAAAGAGAAUUCUCUGUUGAAGCUUUCAUUGGAAGAAUCAAAGUUAGAAGAAGAUCGGUUAAAGAAAUUCACAGAGUUACAAGCUCAGAAAAUAGCAGAGAAUACAGUUUCUAUCGACAAGCUGCAAAACCGAGAGAAGUUUCUAACUCAAAACGUGGAAGAGCUUGUGAAAGUUAUAAGAGAAGCCGAAUCAGAAGUAAGUAGAUGGAGAGAAGCUUGUGAGCUAGAAGUGGAAGCCGGGAAGCGUGAAGUCGAAGAACGUGAUCAACUCAUAGCGAUUUUAAAGGCAGAGGUUGAGAAGAUGAGAUCAGCAUUGGCGAUAUCAGAAGGUAAACUAAAACUGAAAGAAGAAUUAGCCAAAGCUGCAAUGGCAGCAGAAGAAGCAGCUGAGAAAUCGAUUCGAUUGGCCGAGAGAAGAAUAGCUGAACUUCUUAGCCGCAUUGAACAUCUAUACCGCCAAUUGGAAGAAGCAGAGCCUACAGAAAGCAAACGCCGAAAGUUUAGGUACGUUUGGUGUUGGCCGCUGUGGCGUUUCCCUACCGCUGCUACUGAAAGUUCUUCAUAUAUGAACAAUAGAGCAUUGUUACGAUAUGGUGCUUGA